AUGGGACAUCAGGGAAUAAUGGAGCGCAAGGGAAUAAUGGGGCAUAAAGGAGCGCCUGGGCAUAAUGGGACGCCAGGGAAUAAUGGAGCGCCAGGAAAUAAUGGGACUCCAAGUCAUAAAGGAGCGCUAGGGCAUAAUGGGGCUCCAAGGCAUAAAGAAGCGCCUGGGCAUAAUAGGACGCUAGGGAAUAAUGGGGCUCCAGGGCAUAAUGGGACGACGCAAAAAAGAGUGGCAGGUCAUAAAGCGGCGCAAGGGCAUAAUGGGACACCAGGAAAUAAUGGAGCGCAAGGUAAUAAUGGGGCUUCAAGGUAUAAAGGAGCGCAUGGGCAUAAUGAGACGCCAGGGAAUAAUGGGGCUCCAGGGCAUAAUGGGACGCCAGAGUAUAAUUGA